AUGGGGAUGGGGCCCCCGGACCGGGGGGCGCGCUGGCUUCGGUUCUGGCUGUGCGCCGGGACACUGAUCUCCUGCGCUCAGGCGAAGGGGAUCUACUUUCCCCGGCCCGGCCCGCCCAGCGGUGGCCGCUACAACCUGUACACGACGGGAUCCAGCCCGCGGCUCCGCGAGGGGCAGCACAACAUGCUCUGUGCUUAUGUGGUCCAGAAGAACGUGACAUGCAUUUUACAGGAUGGGGCUGAGAGCUACAUCAAGGCGGAGUAUCACAAGUGCAGCUGGGGCCCCAAAUGCCCAGGAACCGUGGUGUACCGCACUCUCCUUAGACCCAGAUACAAGAUUGGCUACAAGACCAUCACAGAGCUGGCCUGGCGUUGCUGCCAGGGCCUGGCAGGAGAUGGCUGCUCUGAUCCUCUCCCUGACUCGGGAACUCUUCUACCUCAGCCACGCCCCCAGACUCCCUCUGGGCAGAAGCCAUUUCCAGGCCCCAGAGUGCCUCCUUAUGCCAGACUGCCCACCAGCCCUUUUCCAGGACCAAAGAGCCAUCCCUCUGGUAGGAAAGGCCCUGGGCUGUUUGGUGAAAGGCUAGCUCGGCUGGAGGGCGAAGUCCAGCGCCUCACGCAGUCCUAUGGUACCCUCAGUGGACUUGUGGCUGGGCUAGGAGACCACUUCCAGCUGACUGUUCACGAGGACAGCAGCAGGAUGACUGGUGCCCUGGGGAACCCCCCCAUUGCUCCAGAUGCCUCUGUGGGCUUUGGAAUCAUUCCUGGUGGAGUUGUGGAUCCUGCAGACAAAGCAGGGGGCCCAUUCCCAACACUAGGGGAGAUCCUGACCAAGGUGACGGAGGUAAGCGAUGUCCUCAAGACCAAGACCAGCCUGCUGGAUGAGGUUCACAGCCUGGUCCUGGGUCACGAUACUCAGAUAAAACACCUAUUAGAGGGGACCCGGCCAUCCCCCCUCACCUCCCUGACCCUGCUGGAGGAAUACAUUGACCAGAGACUGAGCCAUCUCUGGGGUGACCUGCUGGACGGCUUUGAGAAGAAACUCCUCGACCUGCAGACCACCUGCGACUUCCGCAUCAAGGAGAUGCAGCAGCAGUGUGAGGAGGAGAAAGCCACUAGCCUCAGGCUCCAGCAGAGCCUGGAUGGCAAGGAGCUGGAGAUCAAAAAAGAACUCUCACUGCUGGAGACUCAGAUCCAGGGGCUGACGAUGGUGGAGGACUGCUGUAGCCACUUGACUUUUGUCACUGAAAGGAUGGACAUCCUUGAGAAGGGUCUGCACACCCUUGCUGAAGCUCAGAGGAGUGAGGCCUCCCAGUUAGAUGGGGAAAUGAGCCCAAUCUCCACCACCAUCCUGGACAACUUUGUUGAUCAGCGAUUAGAAAACCUGGAGUCCAGGCUUAAUGCUACAGAGGGAGGGGCAGGUGGCUGCUGCCAAGAUCUAGAAGAAAGCAUGAAGGGCUUGGUAGGCUCUGAGCUAGAUGGCAUCAGAACCACAGUGGAGGAUAGAAUGCAGACCAUAGAGGAUCGGUUCAUGACCAUCGUAGGUGAGUUGGGAAACAUCAGCACCCUGAGAUCUAUGGAAGGAGCCACCCUGCCCUUGGUGGAUACGGAUUUGGCCAGCACUCGGCAGCAGACCAUCCGGGAGCUGGCUGUGGUGGAGAGCAGGCUCACCUCACUGGAAAGCUCAUGUUCUGCUGGCUCCACAUCUAAAGAUAUGGAGACCCUCACCACAGAAGUGAAAGAAUGUCAGAGCAAGAGCAGAGCCCUGUUGCUCCAGGUUGACAGCAACGCCGACCUCCUUCAGAAGCUCAAUGCCACUGUCUCUGAAAUCCAGAGACAGCUGGAGGAAGCAGCGACCAACUCUCUCCAAGGAGAAAUCACUCUGCUCAAGAUUAACCUCAACACUGUCAGCAAAUCCCUCACUGGCCUCAAAGACUCCGUCAGUCAGUACUCGGACACUGUCUCUUACGUCAACUCCUCACUUGAUGAACGGGAGCGGAGAGUGGAGGAUGAGGUCCACUCGAUCCAAGCCAAGGUUAGUGAUCAGGGAUCCAGGCUCCUGGUGAGUAACAAGCAGGUCAUAAACCUCCAGGGGGACUUGGAGAGGCUCAAAGCCAGGAUUGCUGGUGACCUGAGCAGUUGCCAAGAUGCAGCGAGGAAAGUGCAGCAGGAGGUGGGCCACUUUGAGCAGCGGGUGGCCCAGGUAGAGAACGCCUGUGGGAAGCUUGGCCUUAUUGCUGGAGGCCUGGACGGUCUUCAGGAUGAGGUCCUGAGACGGGUAGGGGGGUUGUGGGGUCACAUGGACCAGCUGAACAGAACCUUGGAUGCCCAUUCCCAGGAAAUCAUCAGCCUUCGGGAUGGCCUCAUGGACUGCCAGGCCAAAGUGGCUGAACUGUCCGAGCACAUCGGGCCUCUGCCAGUGCCCGGAGAGCAGCAGGAGAACUAGACAAAGCUGACGCAGGAUCAAGCUCGGCUCAAGCCCCUUGAGGUUCUCUUUUCUGCCGCCAAAAGUCACCCCACCCACACAUUGAAAAACCAUUUUGGGGCACUUUCAGGAUAAUUCCCAUCAUCUCAAUUCAUUAUCACGUGGCUCAUGAAGCCACCUUAAUUGUCAAAAUACAACAUGCACCAGCCAUUCUCGAUGCAACUCAAACUAGAAAAUCUAGGAGUGUCGUGGAUGUUGGUUGUUAUGCCUGGAGGAAGGGGACUGGACUCUGCAGCCUCUUUCAGGCUUUUUCAACCACACCAGGCCCACAGGUUUCUAGCCACCAAGCCCCAGACAUUUGUGUUCACUUGGGCAAUGACUCUGUUAGAUUUUAUCUCCCUCACCAGGACGAGCUAGCCUUCUCCCAAGACUUCCAUUCUCCUUUGUUCCAUGGAAACCAGAUUCCUUCUUCUUUUCCCACCCUCAUGCCAUCCACGCCUCUCCUUCAGGCCUCCCUCAGACCGUGUUCUCAGCAGGAUCUCCAAGGUCUCCAUGCCUGGGUAGCUCAGACUGAAAGCUCUUCCUCCUGGGACUCCUUUCCCAUUUGUGGCAGCUUUGCACCUCUAUGAGGAGCCUCCAUUUCUAGGUAUAAGGACACUCAGUGCUCGGAUUGACUGGGAAAACUGGGAGGAAGCAGUGACCAACUCUCUCCAAGGAGAAAUCACUCUGCUCAAGAUUAACCUCAACACUGUCAGCAAAUCCCUCACUGGCCUCAAAGACUCAGUCAGUCAGUACUCGGACACUGUCUUGUACGUCGGAUUGACUGGGAGAUUCAACCUAGAGAUGGCCAAGUGCUUCCUUAGGGGCCUCCUUCUCCUCUAAAGGGAGGGUGUAGGCCUCUGCUUUCUUCCCAAGGGGAAGGGAAGCAGGCCCUCGAAGAAAAGAACAAAGGUAGCAUUCAACAGUGGAAGUUCCUAAAAAUACCAGAGAUUUUGAGAUUGUUUUCCCCUCAUAUCCAUUUCCAUCCCAUGAAGGAAAGGACCUUCCACUAAGCAUGGCCCCCAGGGAAGCUGGGAUUUUGGCCAGUCCUGUGGUGUCAUGAAAAGAACCUAAGAUUUGGAGUCAGGAUGUGGGGUGAAACCCCAGCUUGACUUUUUACUACCUGUGUGACUUUGGACAAGACAGGAUCCUUGGGCCUCAGUUUCCUCAUCUGUAAAAUGGGGAAGGGGGUUGGAGAAGAUGAUCUUGAAGAUCCCCUUUCACCUCUACGUGCUAUGACCCUGUCUUGUCCUUUGUCUCCAUUCAUAAGAUUCCUAUUGAAGCAGGAAUUCUCAAUCAAAUAGGUGGAGUCUCAGUAAAGCAGAGCCAUUCUUAAGCGUGAAAUUGUGCGGAUCCUAAUGUCCAGUCACCCACCCACCCACAGGCCUGCUUUGUGGGACAUCCAGGCAUGAAGCCACCCCUAAGCUGAUGGUGCUAAUCUAGCCUCUCGAAAGGCCAUUUGGAAAAGGCCUCCUGCCUGGCUCCACCUGCUCAGGGACAGGGGCCACUUAGAACCGCGACUUCCUCUAUGAAGUAAAGGAAGUGGGUUCCAGCCCACUCAGGACAGAACUGGGGUGUUGGAAGAACCUGAUCCCAGCACACAGUGGGUCUCACUAGAGUGAGCAUGGGUCUUUUCCAGAUCAGGCAGAGGUGGGGGAGAAAUAACGCUCACCCCUUCCAUGUAGAAGAUCCUGUUAGGUCUCCCUUGUUUUCUUUUGAUAUUAUGUGUGUCGUUUGGGUUUGAAACUGUUUGUUAUG